AUGCCGUCGGCUGCCGACCUUCCUAACCUGAGGGCGACCCUGCGCAUCGAUGGCAAAGUAAGCACCGGUAAUGAUCGAGCUCAGUUUACUGCUCGGCUUUAUGACGUUCAAUUCUACCCUUACACUCCGCCGGGCGUAGAUCCCAUCUUUGCCGCUACCGGCGGCCAGCAGACCUUCGUGUGCCGUCCGACGCUCGACAGGGACAACGCCGUCGAAAUUAUUCGAGAGUUCAGAGAUGAGGAUCAGGAUCUGGAGCUCAAUAGCCUUGUGUGGUCUCAAGACAUCGACGGAAAUCCUCUACUUUGCGUCGCCGGAAGUCCGUCAUCCAUCAUCAGGGUUCUGAACGUGACCACCGGUAAGCUCACCAGGUCCCUAGCUGGCCAUGGCGCAGCCAUCAAUGACCUCGCUGUUUCUCCUCUCUCACCACACAUCUUGGCCUCGGCUUCCGAGGACCACUCCGUCCGGAUUUGGAAUCUUCAUCCCAAUUCUUCCAAGCAGCCCUGUCCAGUGAUUUGCAGUGGAGCAGAAGGGCACCGCGAUAGAGUUCUCUCAGUCUCGUUCCACUCUUCCGGUAGGUAUCUAAUCUCAGGUGCCAUGGAUUCUUCAGUCAAGAUCUGGGUCCUACCAGAGCUUUCAGACACAGAACCUGGCACAGAUAAAGUCAACAUUAUCCAUUACCCUCACUUCUCCACCACUGAAGUGCAUUCUGAUGUGGUAGACUGCGUGCUCUUUUACGGUGAUCUUGUACUUUCGAGAUCAGCAAAGGAAAACCAGAUCCUUCUCUGGAAGAUCGAUGGCUUCAAUAGCAACAGCCCUCCACCGCCGUUGUCAACUGCAGGCCAGAAUGAAGCACACGGAAUCAACAACCCAGACGAGAGCAGUGAUGCCUACGGCAGUACGGCCUCGGCGUUCGGAAGACGCUUCCAGCGACUUCUCUCAUUCGACACGCCCAUGACACCACUGUUCUACAAUCGCUUCGGCCUCUUCCAUAUGCCGCACAAGCAUCCUAUCCUAGUCAUGGGCAACGAGAAAAGCAGAUUCAUGUGGUGGGAUCUGCAGCGGCUGGAAGAAGGAAGCGACGACAUUGUCAAGACUGAGAUGACGUUCCGCGUCCCUAACAAACGUAAGCGUACAGAACGCGACGGGUCGGGGGUUGGUGCGGGCCGAAGCAACCUGAUCUCGCGCGAAGAGAGCAUUGCGUCGAAUGCAUCCAGCGGAAUCGCAUCAACGGGCACAGGCUCGUCCUCGGUUCAGUCCGGCAAUUCCAACAGCGCAGACAAGAAGGCUGCAGUCAAGAAGCUGUGGAGCAUUUCGGAUCCAUUCGCGCCCGUUCCUCCGCACAAGAGUAUCGUAAUCCCCAAGAUGACGUUCUGCUCGAGACAAAUUGCCUGGAGCGUCGGUGGCGAAUGGGCGGUCGCUGUGGGAGAUCACGGCAUGGUCUGCGUAUUCCGACGAUGGGAGUGA